GCCAAAUUCAAACUUGAGAGGGAGCGAAAGGAAUAAAAGAGUGCAGUGAAGAACAGAAAAGCCGUUUGGUUCAGCAUCAGAUAGCAGGAAGGUUGCUCCGCAAUGUCCCAAUUCAAUUAUAUGAACGAUCUGAAAGACAUCAUUACGAUGGAUGGUGAGCUGACCAAAGGCCCAGCACCUCGAUGGCAAAAGAAACUAGACAUGUCUGCUGCAUCGACUAGUUUUAAUGUUAGCACAAUGAACAGCUCCCGCCCGAAACUUUCUAUGUCCUUUAGCAGUAUUCAACCAUCAGUACCACCAGGAACUCUUAGUGGGAAAACUCCCAAAAAAUCUGGAAGCAAUGGUUCAAAAACUACCCCGGGUAAAGGUAAAGGACAAACGCCGAGUCAGAAGCAGCCAUCGGGUGGAGAUAGAUUCAUUCCCAAUCGUAAUACAACUGACUUUGAUUUAAGUCAUUUUAUGGUUAAACAAAACGAAACAAAGAAAGAUAAUGAUGGCGACGGUAAUGCAGAAGAAACUCAAGGAACUAGUGAUCAAACCAGUCCUAAGAAUGUUGAAAGAAUGAAAAUUCUCUCCGAGGCAAUGAAAGGCUGCGAUAUCAGUAAUAAGCGGAUUCUGUCUUAUCAAACCAAAGCACCCGCAGCGCCUGAUGGACAUAUGAACCCUUUAAAAGUAGUAUACUCAGUGAAAACACCGAUGUCCACAAAAAGUGGUUCACGUUUUAUUCCAAAUGCACCAGAGAGAAUCUUGGAUGCGCCAGAUAUUAUCAAUGAUUACUAUCUUAAUCUUAUGGACUGGAGUGGGGACAAUGUGGUUGCAGUGGCCCUUGGAUCAUCAGUUUAUUUGUGGAAUGCGUCUAGCGGUAAUAUAGAAGUACUUUAUGAGAACGAAGGAAGCGAUCAUGCAUGUUCGCUGAGCUGGAUUCAGGAGGGCCAUAUUCUUGCUGUAGGUACCAGCAUAGGAACACUUGAGCUGUGGGACUGUGAACAAAUGAAACGACUUCGCGUUAUGGACGGACAUUCGGGACGAGUGGGAGUGCUGGCAUGGAAUUCGUAUAUCGUUUGCUCCGGUAGCAGAGAUGGGUCCAUUGUUAAUCACGAUGUUCGAUCACGUGAACAUAAUGUUGCCGUCCUUCAAGGACAUUCGCAGGAGGUGUGUGGGCUUAAAUGGUCCACCGAUGGAAAGCAUUUAGCAAGUGGGGGUAAUGACAAUCUUGUGAAUGUGUGGAGUGCCGCAAACGGCGCCCCACAUACUACUACUACGCCUCUACAUGCAUUCAAUCAACAUCAAGCGGCUGUUCGAGCUUUGGCAUGGUGUCCAUGGCAGCCGAACACAUUAGCGACCGGGGGAGGUACUGCCGAUCGAUGUAUCAAGUUUUGGAAUGUCAACAACGGCCAAUUGAUUAACUCAGUCGACACAAAAUCACAAGUGUGUGGGCUUUUAUUCUCUAAAAAUUAUAAGGAACUGAUAUCGGCCCAUGGAUACGUGAACAACCAGCUGACGAUUUGGAAAUAUCCGUCGAUGAAUAAACAAAUUGAUCUGUUGGGGCACACGGGUCGUGUUUUGCAAAUUGCCAUGUCCCCAGACGGAAGUACUGUGAUGAGCGCUGGUGCAGACGAAACACUGCGACUCUGGAACUGUUUCGUGCCGGACCCGUUACUGUCCAAGAAGGAAAAAUCUGCCCAGCGAGAGAAACCGAGUCUGCUGAAGCAAAGCAUCCGAUGAGAUGAUCGUUUUUAUCUAUCUCGUUUGAAAAUAUUCACGUCUGCGACUAGAUCGUGCUUUAGUUCCAAUUUAUUGUAAUUUUGUGUUUGACUUGUUUCUUUUAAAAAUAAAGACUAAUAAG